UUUUACAGUCAGUUAUAUAAAAAGUUUUAACCCAAAAAUGUCUGAAGACCUUCCUUAUAAUGCUGAAUAUGCAAAAUCUGGAAGAGCAGGAUGUAAAAGCUGCAAAUGUAAUAUUGGAAAAGAUUCUCUAAGAAUUGCAAAAAUGGUUCAGUCUCCCCACUUUGAUGGAAAGAUCCCUCAAUGGUAUCAUUAUAGCUGUUUUUUCAAAAAGUUCAAACCUCUAAAUGUGUCUGAUAUAAAAAACUUUGACAGUUUGCGAUGGGAUGAUCAAGAAAAGUUAAGAGAACAAAUUGGCUGUCCACAAAAAAAAGAUGUAGUUGAUGGUCCAUCUAAUAGCACUGUAAAUAAAGAUUUUUGUAUUGAAUAUGCUAAAUCUGGACGAGCAAAAUGCAGAAAAUGUGAAGAGAAAAUUGAAAAGGAUAUUAUAAGAAUAGCAAAAAUCAUGGAAUCAGAAGAAUCAAAGUUUAAAGGUCUAAUUCCAUUUUGGUAUCAUGUAAAAUGUUUUGCUUUGUCUAAAAGUGAACUUGAAGCACAGAAUCUUACUUCUAAUGAGAUUGAUGGCUGGGGAGAAUUAUCUGAAGAAGAUCAGGAAAAAGUGGGACUUGAAAUAAAAUUUAAAAAGCAUGGCAAAUUAAAGAUAAAAAAAGGAAACAAAAUAAAUAUAAAAGAUGAAUGCAAAGAUGAGGAAAAAAAAGAAAUUAAAGAUGAAAAAGUGGAAAAAUUUAAGUUGCAAAACAAAGAGUAUUGGGAUAUGAGAGAUAAGCUACAAAAAAAUGUUCCAAAUAAUGUGUUGAGAAAAUUAUUAGAUGCAAAUAAUUAUAAUACCACUGGAGGAGAAAAUACUUUAUUGGAACGUUGUGCAGAUGGCAUUUGUUUUGGUGCACUUUUGACCUGUUCUGAAUGUAAAACAGGAAAUUUAGUUUACAGAACAGAAGGUUAUCAGUGUACUGGGCAUGUCAGUGGCUGGACAAGUUGCACCUUUUUGACACAAACGCCAAAAAGAAAAAAAUGGCACAUUCCUAAGGAAUUGCUAUUAGAAAAUGACUUUUUGUCAACAAUAAAGCCAAAGGUUGAAGAAAGAACUUUUAUGACAACAACUAAAAUGAAUACUGACAUAAAAGAAUCUCAAAAGCGUCCUUUAGAAAACAGAAAAGUCAUAGUUAUUGGAAAACUUAAAGAAUCAAAGGGUGUUAUUGAGAAUAAAAUACAGUUGUUAGGUGGAACUCUUUCAGCUGCUGUUAGUAAAUCUUGUUACUGUUGUAUAAGUACACAAGAUGAAAUUGAAAAAUCUACUAAAAAAAUGCAAACAGUAAAAACAUACAACAUUCCUGUUGUAACGGAAAAUUUUCUUGAUGCUGUUCAAAAUGGUGAAAUAGAUGCUCUUAUGAAGAAUUCUAUUGCGCCUUGGGGAACAAAUAGGGAAAUGUUGGAUGACAAGAUGGACAAUUUUAAGAGUAUGAAAAGAAAAACUAGUUCAUCUAUUGAAUCUUCUAAAAAAGCUAAAGUCAUUAUGAAAGGAGGAGCUGUUGUUGAUCCUGAUUCAGGUCUUGAAGGAAAGUGUCAUAUAUUAUCUGUUCGUGGUGAAUUGUUUACUGCUGUGCUUGGGCUUGUGGAUUUGCUUCGUGGAACAAAUUCUUACUAUAAAAUUCAAGCUUUGGAGCAUGAUACAAAAAAAAAAUAUUAUGUCUUUCGAUCUUGGGGUCGAGUUGGAACAACAAUUGGAGGGAAUAAGCUUGAACAUUUUGUUAAUCAAGAAGAUGCAAUUGAGAAUUUUAAAGAGGUAUAUGGAGAAAAAACAGGAAACACCUGGAGCAAUCGAAAAGAUUUUGUAAAGUAUCCAAACAAGUUUUAUCCCCUUGAUAUUGAUUAUGGCCAGAAUGAUGAAAUGUUGCAAAGCUCUAUUACUCCAGGUAGUUUAAGUAUUUUACCGAAUCCAGUAAAAGAACUUAUAAAACUUAUCUUCGAUGUAGAAGCAAUGAAACAUGCUCUUGUAGAAUUUGAAAUAGACAUGAAAAAAAUGCCUCUUGGUAAAUUAUCAAAAAAACAAAUUGAAACAGCAUAUGGUUGUCUUGGAGAUUGUCAAAAAUUCUUAGCUAAUAAUGAUCCAGGAUCAAAAAUCCUUGAUGCUUCAAAUCGAUUUUAUACAUUAAUACCUCAUGAUUUUGGGAUGAAAAAACCACCACUGUUAGAUAAUGAAGAGUUAAUAAAACUUAAAAUUGGGAUGCUUGAUAGUUUGAUGGAAAUAGAAGUUGCAUACAAUUUGAUAAAAGGUACAAAAGAUAAUGGAGCAAAAGAUCCUAUAGACCUCCAUUAUGAAACUUUAAAAACAGAUAUUAAGGUUGUUGAUAAAGAAAGUAAAGAUUUCGAAUUAAUUGUAGAGUAUGUAAAAAAUACCCAUGCAAAAACUCACUCUAACUAUUCUCUUGAUGUAAUAGAGGUUUUCUCGAUUGAGCGUGCUGGCGAAAAGCAAAGGUAUCGACCAUUCAAAGAUUUAUUUAACAAAAAGUUACUUUGGCAUGGUUCACGAACUACUAAUUAUGCUGGCAUUCUGUCUCAAGGCUUGCGUAUUGCUCCUCCUGAAGCUCCUGUAACGGGUUAUAUGUUUGGAAAAGGAAUUUAUUUUGCAGAUAUGGCUUCCAAGUCUGCAAAUUAUUGUUGUACAACUCGUUCAAACAAUACAGGGUUAAUGUUGCUAUGUGAGGUAGCACUCGGAAAUAUGUAUGAGCUUAAGCAAUCUGAGCAUAUUUCAAAAUUACCACCUGGCAAGCAUAGUUGUAAAGGAUUAGGAAGUACGAGUCCUGAUCCCUCAAUGGAUAAAGUGAUAGACGGUGAAGUUCUAGUUCCCCUAGGUAAACCCAUAAGCACAAACAUAAAAGAUUCUACACUUCUGUACAACGAGUAUAUAGUGUACGAUGUUGCGCAAGUAAAUAUAAAGUAUUUAGUUCAGUUAAAGUUUAACUAUUGUUAUUGAUUCUUAAUCUAUCAUGAUUGACUCUUUUUUGGGGUUUUUUCUUGA